UGAAUUGGCCGUUACUCAUGUCAACAAAAUAUCUGGCAAUAUAUUGUUUUUGUUUCCUGGAACAGGGAGGAAGUCCAGAAGAAUUCACCAGCCCUACAGAGAAGACAGAACCAACAUGAGCACAGCAGGAAAAGUAAUAAAAUGCAAAGCUGCUGUGCUUUGGGAGCUAAAGAAACCCUUUUCAAUUGAGGAAGUGGAGGUCGUGCCUCCCAAAGCCUAUGAAGUUCGUAUUAAGAUGGUGGCCACAGGAAUCUGUCGCUCAGAUGACCAUGUGGUCACUGGGAACCUUUCCACACCACUCCCAGCGAUAUUAGGCCACGAGGGAGCUGGCAUUGUGGAGAGCAUUGGCGAGGGGGUGACUGCAGUCAAACCAGGUGAUAAAGUCAUCCCAUUGUUUACUCCCCAGUGUGGAAGAUGUGUCGUUUGUAAACACCCAGAAGCCAACUUCUGCGUGAAAAAUGAUCUGACCAACCCUCGGGGGACCAUGCAGGACGGCACCACCAGGUUCACCUGCAGAGGGAAGCCCAUCCACAACUUCGUCAGCACCAGCACCUUCUCUGAGUACACAGUGGUGGAUGAGACUGCUGUGGUCAAGAUCGAUGCAGCUGCACCGCUGGAGAAAGUCUGCCUCAUUGGCUGUGGAUUUUCUACUGGUUUUGGGUCUGCAGUCAAAGUUGCCAAAGUCACCCCGGGCUCCACCUGUGCUGUGUUUGGCCUUGGAGGAGUCGGCUUGUCUGUCAUCAUUGGCUGUAAGGCAGCUAGAGCAGCCAGGAUCAUUGGGGUGGAUAUCAACAAGGACAAAUAUGCAAAGGCUAAGGAGCUGGGUGCCACUGAGUGCAUCAACCCCCAGGACUUCCAGAAACCCAUCCAUGAGGUGCUGACGGAAAUGACUGGGGGUGGUGUGGACUUUUCCUUUGAAGUCAUUGGUCGGCUGGACACCAUGGCGGAGGCCCUGUCAUGCUGUCAUGAGGCAUAUGGUGUAAGUGUCAUUGUAGGGGUGCCUCCAGGUUCCCAAAACCUCUCCAUGGACCCCAUGUUGCUGCUGACUGGGCGCACCUGGAAAGGGGCAAUUUUUGGAGGCUUUAAGAGUAAAGAUUCUGUCCCCAAACUUGUGGCUGAUUUUAUGGCCAACAAGUUUCCACUGGACCCAUUAAUAACACAUGUUUUACCUUUUCAAGAAAUCAAUGAGGGAUUUGGCCUGCUUCGCUCUGGAAAAAGUAUCCGCACCAUCCUGACAUUUUAAGGCCAUGCAGACGCCUUCACUUGCCCCCUCCUUCUGGCUGCCCCAUGCCCUCAUCAUCUAGAACAUGAGACCAACUCCAGCACUGACCCUGCCCUUCAGAGAUGCUGUCAAUAAAUACACAUGCUAUCAAUAAAUACAAAAGAAACAGAAA